GCGCGCGCGCCGCAACUUUAUCGCGCUGGCGCAAGGUGGGAGGGGGGUAGUCAAGCGGACUGGCCUACCUGCGGUAAAAAUAUGUCGAAAACAUGUCAUCAAUGCUCUGCUGUGCCGUGCUUUCAAAACUAGGCUAAAUUAGCUUUAGUCUUAAUCACAAUUAAUACAUUAAAAAUUAGAAAAAAAAGUAAUACCUAACUUUAAAAAACAAAAUUCUUACAUCAACUUUAUUCUCUUCUUCGCUGUACGUUCCUUCAACUAAUAGUCAUCUGAGAAAACGACAUACUGCAACAUUACCAGCAAGCAUUGUGACAACUAUCAACUGAGAAAUCUUCUUUUAUUGUUUAAAUAAUAUUUAAUUGAAACGUGUGCUGUGUAUUGUAAUGAACCAACCGAAUACUUUAGAACUGUCUAUUUUAUAACAAUUAUUAUUAGAUUUUUAAAGUAGGCUAGAUAUCUUUUUAUUAUUUAUUAAGUUUUUUUUUGUCUAAGUUAAGAAGAAAGAGUUUUAUGUAACAACCAUAAUUAUUUGUGUUCAAACGUAAAACAUAUAGGAAAGUCGCUUGACUUAGUCGAGUGCCUUUUUAGCUCUUAAAAAAUAUUACUGUGAUAUUGAUUUUAAUGGUAAUAAUGUAUUAUAAUAUAUAAUUUAACGUUAGGAUAAUACAUUAGAUUAUAACAUAAUAUAUAAAUAUUAAUAUAUAUAUUUAAAAGCAAAUAAACCAACCCCAUCCCCCAUUCCCCCACUCCCUAAAAACAACUUUACCGGUAUAAAUUAAAAAUUGUAUGGUCAUAAUAGUUAAGUAUAUAAACAAACAAUAACUCAAGAAUUUAAAACUAGUAUGUCUAACAACUCCCAGUGGAAUUUGUUUCAAUCAAAUAUGUUGAACGGUAGUGAUUCUUCUAUGAUAAACUUUAAAACCCUUUCGGCAUUAACAAAUCUAAACAAUUACCCAUCAUCGAGAUCUUCAAAUCAUUCACCGCCAAACUAUAAUUCACAGUCAAGUCAAAAUUUUCCUAUGCCAUCACAAUAUCAGUCGUCGCAAUUUCAUCAAAAGGAGUCUUCAAUGAAUAAUAUGUUUAACAAUGGACUACAGUCUUCAAACUUUGAUGUAUUCUCUUCUGAUAACACUGCACCUGUGAGCCGUUAUCCUCCAGCUGGUAAUGACAUUUUUGGUGGACAUGACACGGCUACUGCGAGCAGCUCAAACAAUUCAAAUUUUUCAAAUGAAUCGUUUGGUAACAAUCAAGGAGUUAGAGAAACCGGAAUCAUAGAAAAACUUUUGCAUUCUUAUGGUUUUAUUCAAUGUUGUGAGCGUCAGGCAAGAUUGUUCUUUCAUUUCAGUCAAUUUAGCGGCAACAUUGAGCAUCUUAAAAUUGGUGAUCCCGUUGAAUUUGAAAUGACUUAUGACAGAAGAACUGGUAAACCCAUUGCUAGCACUGUUACAAAAAUUGCUCCUGAAGUGGUAUUAAGUGAAGAAAGAGUAACUGGUGUAGUAACAACAGAAUUGAGAACUGAAGGCUCGGGCGGUGAUACACAAGGGCGAAUUAGUUAUGAAAAUCGAGGAGAGUGUUUCUUUCUCCCUUACAAUAAAGAUGAUGUUGAAGGUAAUGUGACCCUUAGAACUGGUGAUCAAGUAAGCUUUCAAAUCGCAACAAAUCAGAGGGGUAAUUUGGGAGCUACACAUGUCCGCUUAGAAAAUCCAGUACAUCCAGUUAAAUAUCAGGGAGUUGUGUGUUCUAUGAAAGAUGUUUUUGGUUACAUCGAACGAGCUGAUAUAGUUAAAGAAAUUUCAUUUCCAUUUACUGAAUUUAAAGAUUCUUCCAAACCUUUACAAUUGGGUGAUGAUGUAGAAUUCAUAAUACAAACACGUAGUGGAAAAGAAGUUGCAUGUAAUAUUGAACGUUUGCCUCCUGGUUCAGUAAUAUUUGAAGAUAUCGAGGAUACUGUUAUGAAGGGCCAAGUUUUAAAACCUUUAGACAAAACCCCUCAAAAUCAUUUACCAUCUGAACCACUACCUGGACGUAUACGUUAUAGAGCACCUGAUUAUUCUGAAGUUGAAGUUUCAUUUGGUGAAAAAGAUCAGCAGGGUGAUUUUACGUUGAGACAUGGUGAUUGGGUUGAAUUCCGAAUAGCAACUGAUCGACGAGAUCAGUUAAAACGAGCUACUAAUAUUUCGCUUUUACCAGAAUCGUUUGUAGUUUCUGGUGAAAGAAGAGAACUUGGUAUUAUUGCAGUUUUAAAACAAGGAUUUGGAUUUUUACGUUCUGUUGAAAGAGAACCAAAGAUUUAUUUUACUUUCAACGAAGUUCUGGAUGUUCAACGAAAAUUAGAAUGUAACGAUGAAGUUGAAUUUACAGUGGCACAGGAUCCUUCAUCUUCAUUUGGAAAUUCUAGACAGAGUGCCAUACGAAUUAAACACUUGUCUCGUGGUUCAGUACAAUUUGAAGUACUCAUUGAAGAAGGAUUAGUUGGCUUAGUAACAGUUGUAGCUACAGAGAUAUUUGAACAAUCAAGUCCUUCUAAAAACAAUGCUCAUCAGUUUGAUGAGGUUACUUAUGAACCAGGAGUUAUUACUUUGCAUUCAAACGGUGUUAAGAGAACAAUACUGUAUAACAUCAAAGACUGUAAUGGAAAAUAUAUACCAAGACAAGGAGAUAAAGUGAGAUUCAAUCUUUAUCAAAUUAAACGCAACAAGGAAUUAAUUGCUAUGAAUAUUCAUUUGGCCUCAACCGUGUCAAACAAUACAAAUAAUACACAUACUUCGUCUACUGACGAACAAAAUCGAGCAGACAUCAAGUAUGGCUAUAUUGCCGCACUUAAAGAUGGAUUUGGGUUUAUCGAAACCAUAGCACUUGAUUCUGAAGUAUUUUUUAGAUAUGCAAAUUUGAAUGAACCAAGCGCGUCUCUUGAACUUGGUAUGGAAGUAGAAUAUACACUGAGUACCAGGAAUACAGGAAAUGGUGGGAGCUGUGCAUCUGCUGAAAAUGUUAGAAUUUUGCCACCAGGUUCUAUUAGUGACAACUGCGAAUUGCUUCAACCAAAUGUUAUUUUGGAUGGAGUGGUCUCUCGUCCAUUGCGAUCUGUAAAUCCUGAGCAGACUGAAUAUGCUGGUAUAAUACAAGAAGUACCAACAACCGAAGAAGAAAAUAUUUCGCAAUAUGAAUUUGGAAUUAAAGGUUUGAUAAAUAAAAGAGAGUUGCUACAAGUUGGAGAUCCUGUACAAUUUCAAGUAGACUCAAAAAAUAGAGCUGUAAACAUAAUUGCGAUUCGAAAGAAACAAAGAGCUCACGUUGACGCUAUUAAAGGAUUAUUUGGUUUUUUAACUCACGAAGUAGAAGGUGGUAAAAAACUAUUUUUCCAUACAUCUGAAGUAACUGAUGGAAUUAAAUUAUAUCAAGGAGAUUUAGUGGAAUUUGUAUUAGUUGUCAAUCAACGAUCAGGAAAAUCAUCUGGCUGCAAUGUUACUAAAAUAAGUUCUGCUGAAAAUUCACCUCCCAAACAACCUUCUCAACGACCAGAACAUUUGAUUAACCGCAUACGUACCAUUUCUGUAAUAGAUGAUGGUUCACCAAAAUUAGUAGUAAUUCGUCAGCCUUUAGGUCCAGAUGGAUCAAAAGGGUUUGAUCCAAAUGCUCGUAAACAGCACAAUCCAGGGCAGCUUAUUGAUGUGUAAUGCGGUUCACAUUUGAGUAAUUAACAUUUGACUACCACUGACUUAUUUCCCGAUUCAGAAUUUUAUCAUUAUGAUUAUAUUACUAUCAAUUUUAUCUUGUAAUAAAUAAUGAGCUUCCAACUUGUUGAUUAUAAAAUUACUAGUCUUGGAGAAUAGGUCGUCAACUUAAUUGUAACCAAGUGUCUAGCAUUUAGUGUAUUCAAACUAAGUCUUACAAUGAUUAUUUUUUUUUUUUUGUGAAAAAUUUAGCAAUAAGAUAACAGGUUAUUAGUUAAAAUAUUUUAAAACAUUUAAUUAAUGUUAGUUAUUAGAAGGCACAUAAAUUAUAUACACCUUAGACACAUAGAUAAGUAAUAGAAAAUGACAAAAAAACAUUCUUAAUUUAAUAUUUUGAUACUUCCGAAAUCUCCGAUGUAUUAUUCAAAUUAACUUCUUUUUCUGUUUUUGAUUUUAAUCGUCAUACACUGGAUAUUAAUCGUUGUUAAACGUGUUAUUAAUUGGUUCAUAAAAAAAUAUGCUUUUUCACUGCUCAAUCUCAUAUUCAUAAUUAGAAUAACUGUCUGUUCUUAUCAUCAAUAUAAAAUAUAUUACAGCUCCACUUGGGUUGUUCUAAUUUCUUCUAUAAUCUAUAACUUCUUAAAAUUCAAUUACUGAAAGUAAUGUUAUUUUGAUCCAAAAAAAAAAAAAAAAAACAGUCAUCUUUAAAUAUAAUGACAUAACAUAUUAUAGUAAUAGUAGUAAUGAAAGAGAUUUUCAGUGUAAUAUCUUUAUUUAAAUUUUAAAAUCACGUUCUGUUCCUAACAUAGAUCUCCCUAUUUUCAGCACCGUAUACAUUAAUAAUCUCCUUCCCGCAUUUUAAUUUUAAUUUAAUUUUAGUUGGAUGCAUUUAAAAAAAAAUUUCUAAUUCCUCUUAAUAAUUUGAGUAAACCAUAUAUAUUAUAUGUUAUUAACAACCUAAAUUGUGCCUUAAUAAUUUACAAAGCUACAUGCUACACUUGUAGUUAAACAAUUCUUAUAUAUAUAUAUAUAUAUAUAAAUAUUAUAUUGUAUAUAUAUAUUUUAUAUUUUAUUAUUUUAAAAUUAUUGACUACGUAUUUGACUGAGGUUUGUUUUUCCAUACAUAAGUAUAAUUAUUUGAAAAAAGAUGUUUUUCUGUUAAAUUUAUUAAUGACUAUAUGAAUAACCUUUAAUUCUUUAAAUGCAUCCAAUUAUUGAAUAUGCUCACAAUAACUUAAUUAAAUUAGCUUUUAAUCUAUUACUUUAAACCUAGGAUAAUAAUCCUACAAUUGUGAGCAAAACUUACAUUUUCCACAUUAAGUUUACCUUUACUCAAUAAAUAAAAUUUGAUUUCAUAAUUAAUAUUAACUAGUGAUUGUAAAUACAAACAUUUAUGCAGUAUCUUAAUUAAUAAUAAAAUUAAAUAUACAAAUUAAGGUUCAAAUACACACACGAAUAACACUAAGUCAUAGUUUUUAAGCAGAUUUUUUUUUUAUCCACACAUACACAUUUAUUUUUUUUUUUCUAGUACAAAUCUUAUAAGUCUUGUCUAUUUAUUUAUUAUAAUAAUCGUUCAGGUAGUGUUUUUUCAUUCCACAUUGUUUUUCAUCACAUGACUAUACUCACAGUUAAUCUUUCGAGCUUUUAGAUUUGUAUAAGCAUUCGCUUAAAAGAAAUUUAGCUAUACAGGUAUGAUGAGACAUACAUACAAAUUAUGCCAAACAUAAACUAGUAUAAGACGUAACUAAACUGUGAUAAAUUAUGAGUAUGAACUAUUGUAAUGUAUUUUAAUUGUUGUUUUUUUUUUUAUUUGAAAAAAGGCAUGUAAUAUUUUGUAUUUGUUUUUUGUCUUGCAAAUGAAAUGUAUUUCCAAAAAAAAAAAAAAAUCAUUGAAACGUAAAAACAACAAUGCAUUGUUUUGCAAGGAAAAAACUUGUACAAUAUUUAAACAUGAUUUUUAUAUUAUAUUGUAAAUAUAUUAUAUUAUAAUAAAUAUUAAUGAUGUAAUAUUUUUGAAUAACGUCGUAAUCAUAGUAAUAAUGGUUACUAAAUUUAUUAAAUGCACUAAAGUUUAUAAUUAUUAUUAUACGUUUAGUGUAAAUGAUGUUUGAAAUUGUUAACUGGACAGUUUGCAAACUCUCUAAAAUUAUUCAGCAACUAUUUGAUAUUUAUAUUAACUAUGUGCAAUUUGGUUCAUUAUUAUUUUAAUGUACCAAAAUUAAUUUUCUUAAAAAAUAUAUACUAUAUUAUUCUUCAUAUAAAAGUAUUAAUUAUCAUAAUAUUUUUAAUUAAUUAUUUAACUUAAACUAAAUAUCUAUUUGUAACUUAAAGUUAUUUGAAUUUGCUUUAUACAAUAUAAGAGAGCAUUUAUACAAUAUUCAACAUAAUAUACUUAAUUGUAUUUACAAAUUUAACCAAUAAUUUCUGCUGAACAAUUUUAGUAUGCUAAUGCACAAUUUUUUUUUAUGUAUGGUUAGAUAUAUUUAAUUAAAUUGUAUUUAUUAACUUGAGGGAUCAGGAAUAUUUUAAGGUUACAUAAUAUAUGGCCUUUUAAAUAAUAAUGUACGUGUAUUUUAAGAAGAUUAAAUAUGUAGUAUUUAAGUAGCAUGAGUUAUUGUGAGCAUUAUCAUAUUUAUAUAAUAUGUAGUCAAGUAAUUAUAAUUUAUAACAUAGCCUACUAAUAAUUAAAGUAGAUUAUGAGAUGACGAUUAUUAUAAUUAUUAAUUAUGUAAUUGCAAAAACUAUAUGUAGCAUUACAUGUUUUUCCGGGUUGCUUGUGAACUAUAAUAACAUUUUACCAAAUAAGACAAUUAUUGACAAAAAUUGUUAAAGACUUUUCUGAAACACUAGGGAAAAAUAAUUAACUCGCUGAAACUGUAAGGCUGAAAAAAUAACAAAACAAUUUGAAACAAACAAUGAAAUGUGUUUUUUAUUUGAAAACAAUGACCUCCUUUCCAUUAAUCAUGUGUUGGAGAAAAAACAAAUGUGAUUUUUUAAUACAAUUUCAAUGUUUAUAGUUUUUCCAAUACUGCUGAUACUGUACCGUUGUUUUGAUCUAGUAGCUUUAUUACUGUUACUUCUUACUAAAUCGGGCUUGUGGUUCUUAUAGUGUUCAUAUUAUAUCUAUACAUUUCUGAACAAUCAUAUUAUGAUCGUUGUAUGUUUUCAAUAUUAUGUUGACUUGUUAACAAUUUUAAAACUUAUAAACUGCACCAUAAAAUUUAUAAAUUUGAUUAUUAUUGAUAUUGAUCGUUGGUAUUUGGAAGAUAAUUUAUCAAUUUUCUUAAGUUAAAACCAAUGCUGUUCCGUUAUAUAUAUUGUGUGUGCCGUGUCAGAUACAGAAGGCAGAUGAAGUGUAAUUUUUGAAGCAAAAGCUUUAAUUAGUACUUAUAUUAUUUGGCAUUACACCUAUGUUUUUUAGUUCCUUUACUUGAAGUAAAUGAUUUUAAUUAACGAGAUAAAAUAUAUUUUGUUUUGUACAAAUUAUUUUUAUAAGAAAAAAAAGAUAAUAAAUAUUAUUUAUAUGUAAUAGUAUUAUUUUUAGACUGUCAAAGGGUUGAACGCAAAAUUUUUUGAUUUUAAUAGAAAUUAAAACAAUCUAUAUAAAUUCAACUUUAUAUAAUUGUCCAUAUUACAUGUCUUACCCAAAUAUAUUAGUUUCAAAUUUCUCAAUAAUUUUAACACCAGAUAACUUGGUUCAAUUUUGGCAUUGUGAUCCUUAAAAAAAUAACCUAAAUAAUUAAUAACUUCUGUUAGUACUUAUACAGUAUGAUCGUCAUUGGAUGGCCUCUCCUUAUAUGUAUUAUUUUUACUAUGUAAUAUGUAGGUUUUUUUUUAUGUAUAAUAUAUUAUACUUUUAUCAGA